GAAUAUUUUCACUUCUGUAAAUGCAUGAAUGACAGCUAUGUGAAGCUGUCUUUUCUUCGAUUAAUUCCUCAUCUGUAAAAGCCAAAUCUACAAGUAAAGAUGCAGAUGCUCUGGGUCAUGUUUGGGACUGGAUUGUACCUGUUUUUCGUACUGGAUCAACUGCGUUUGGUCAAAACAAUGAACCCUAAAUUCUACCCUUGUGACAAUAACACGGACAGCGAUGGAAACAUACAUUUAGACUGCAAGCACAGAGACCUCACGGGCAUCCCUAAAUUUAAGUCCCCUUUUAUCAUCUCAUUAAACCUGGACGAAAAUCGUAUACAUCAAGUAAAAAGUGAUGAUUUCUCAGGUAUUCCAAAUCUUCAACAUUUAAGUUUGAUGUGGAAUUGUUUGCCUGGUCGCCUCAAAGCACUGAAAUUACCUUCAUGCCAAGUGAUUAUUGACCAUGAUGCUUUUGUUAAUCUAAAGAACCUGGCAUUUCUUCAACUGGCAGGAAAUAGCCUCAAGACAAUUCCUCUUCUACCUAAGCAUCUUGAGGUUUUGGGAUUAGAAUUUAACAAUAUUUUCCGGAUUGAACAACCUCUAGGUACACCAUUUCUCAAACAACUGCUUCUUGCCAAAAAUUGCUACUAUGCCAACCCCUGUAAUGGAAUAUUUUUCAUUGAUCAAAGGGUGUUUCAGGAUUUAACUAAGCUUCAGAACCUCACCCUUGGCUUUAAUAAUAUCACCUCUAUUCCCAUGCAACUGCCACCCUCACUGGAAAGUCUAGACCUGAAAGAAAACAUGAUUACAGAGAUUCAGGAACACUCUUUUACAAACCUAACUAAACUCAGUUUCCUUAACCUGGAAUGGAACUGCCAAAGGUGUGAUCAUGCAGCUAACCCUUGUAUUCCUUGCCCAAAUAAUUCAUUAGUCCUGCAUCACAAAGCCUUUUUUGAGCAGAGAGACUCUCUUGUUAACCUUAGUCUACGGGGAAACUCAAUCUAUUCCAUUCCUAGAAAUCUUUUUGCACAUCUAAAGAAACUGAAGACGCUUGACCUCUCUGAAAAUCUCCUUGCCUUCAGCAUCCAAAAUGGUACAUUUUAUGAGGAACUCCAGGGUGUUGUUUCCCUGAACCUUCUCUAUAACUAUAUACCUCAGAAAAUCUUUUCAGAGCUGAUACUGUCACCCUCAAUUAGCAAAAUGAAGUCCUUGAGGAAGCUUCAUUUAAGUGGUCUUUUCUUUCAUCGGUUGUCUAACAAUAGCCUUGAGCCUUUGUUCAACCUACCACAACUUGAGUAUCUGGACCUGAGCUUGAACUUCAUUAAUUCUUGCAAUUUAACUGCAUUUAACCAGAUGAGAUCCUUGAAAAAGGUUGUGCUUUCACAGAACAUGCUAACUAUCAACCCAUACUACACAGAAAGCUCUAAUAUAGCCCUGACCCCAGAUGGAUAUGAGAAAUAUGACCACCAGCAGCUUCAAGACAUGCCUGCAUUCGAGUCAAAGCUCCAGAUGAACUUUUUGCACUGCACUGAUGAAGAAUGUCCAAAACGUUUUUCCAUGUGGUAUUUCCAAAAGUGUUACUGUUAUAGAAAACUCUUUUUUGACCUAUCAAAAAACAAUAUCCCAUUUUUGAAUGUAAGUACUUUCAAAGGAAUGGAGAAAACAGUUUGCUUGGACCUGUCUUAUAACUAUAUGAGUCAAGCUUUAAAUGGCCAACAGUUCCAUCCUCUUAGCAAACUGGUAUACCUCAACAUGGCACACAACCGUAUUGACCUUUACUUUAAAGAAGCAUUUGAGGAGCUAAGGAGCACACUUAAGGUUCUUGAUCUCAGCAACAAUGAAUUCCAUUUUCACAUGAGUGGAAUAGGGCACCGCUUUAAUUUCAUACAGAACUUGACUUCACUUGAAGUUCUUAGUUUAGCAAACAAUAACAUUGGUAUGCGAAUAUCUAACAUUAUUAAUAGCACAUCUUUAAAAUGUUUGUUGUUCUCUGGAAAUCGUUUGGACAUCAUGUGGGACACCAGAGGAGAUCAGUACAUACGAUUCUUUCAGGGGUUGACAAACCUUACAUACCUGGACAUUUCAGACAACCAGCUUAGAUCAUGUUCCCCCCAAGCCAUAGUUAACCUUCCUCUAAGUAUCCGUGUGCUCAGGAUGGACUCAAACCUAUUGAAUUACUUUCCCUGGCCAAAUAUCUCAGUUCUUAGUCAACUAUGCUAUCUGAACCUCAGUGGAAACUAUCUUUCUAACUUACCAGACAUUGUUAUUCACUUUGGCAAUAAACUUAGAAGCCUGGACCUCAGUCACAACCGACUAAGUGCAAUUCCAGAGUCUUUCUUUAGUCAGGCAACAGGUCUUAAAGAACUCAUGCUCAAUCACAACCAGUUGAAGAUCUUAGUGAUGCAUGCUGUUCCCCCAUUAUUACAGAAUGGUAACACCAGUUGUACCAAUGCCAAGACCUCCUGCAAGCUAACACUGCAUGCUAACCCAUUUACAUGUAGCUGUGCCACUUCCUGGUUUACUGAGUUUCUGCGAAAAAGUCCUGUGGAUAUUCCACACCUCACUACAGAUGUUCGCUGUGGUUUUCCUGAAUCGCUUACAGGAGUAAAUGUCCUUUCUAUUGACCCUCGCUCCUGCCAGGAGAUAUUUGGCAGUGUUUCUUUUAUCUUUACAUUCCUUAUUACUAUUGCAGCAACUGCAAUCCCCCUUUUAAGGCAUCUAUAUGGUUGGGACCUGUGGUACUGUUUCCAGAUAUUAUGGGCAGGACACAAGGGUUAUACUCCACUUCAAGGAAACAACAUGAGCAACCAACAUGAUGCAUUUGUGGUUUUUGAUACAAAGAAUAAUGCAGUGAGAGAUUGGAUCUAUAAUGAGAUGUUGAUUAACUUGGAAAGCAGAGGAAGAUGGAAAUUCCGGCUUUGUCUGGAGGAACGGGACUGGGUACCGGGAGUACCAUGCAUUGAGAAUCUGCACAAUUCUGUGUACAACAGCAGGAAAACAGUGUUUGUGCUGACUAACCAGGGUGGCUGUGCUUCUUUGAAUGGGGUAAUAAAGCAAGCUUUUCUUUUGGUCCAGCAGAGAUUACUGGAUGAGAAAGUGGAUGUUGCAAUUGUAGUCCUCCUGGAUCCUCUUUUCCCCAAGCUCAAAUACCUGCAGAUGAGAAAGAGACUCUGCAGAAAGUCGGUUCUCUCCUGGCCUAAGAACCCUCGAGCCCAGCCUCUCUUCUGGAAUAACUUGCAUAUUGCUUUAGCAUCUGACAUAGUGAGAUCCUAUAAUAAAAAAGUCACAGAAAGCUUCCUAUCUAAUGAUAUUCUCUAAAAGAGGCACCAAGAUGUGAUGUUUACCCUAAACAUACUAAGAAAUUCAGAAGGCCUGUUCAUUUAACAAAACAUGUUUUGUUUAUUUAUAUACACUGAAUAUGUGAAAUCAAAACUACCUGCAAAAAUUAAUUUAAUUGUUUCUUCGAGACAUUACUGACAGUGAUUGUUUAUUGGCAUCAAACAAAGGUGUAUGACUGUCGCAGCUCAUCUCGGAGGCAGGACUGCACUAUGUACCAGAUGCCAGUCCAUCGCAUGCCACCUAAAGCGAUGAUUUAUAGAGCCAGUCCACCUACUGGCUUGUUUUAAUAGUUGGAAAAACAAAUGUGGUAUUUGGAUGAAAUCUACAUGAAGCAAAUUCAAAAUGCCUAAAACCAAAAAUUGUGAGGCUCCAUAACUACCUAUGUAUGUUUCAUGAUUUUGUAAAAUGUUGCCUCCCUUUUUUCUUUUUAUAAUUAAUAUUGUGCCUCACUGAUACCAUAAUUGUUUUUGCAUAUGCCUGGAAAGGGUUUGCCAGCUUUAUAGCAACAUCAUGUACUAUAAAUGUAAUAUAUGUACAUAUAUAGAACUUAAAGUGAUGAUAAAUCGGUAAUUUACAGCUUUCUGUAUGUUCUAAUGCAUUGUUAAGAUCUUUUUAUCUUGAGUGUAUUUAGUCUUUUUUUUAAAUAGGCUGAUCCUUUCUAUAAUUCUUUCUGUGGAAACUUUUUAAAGAAUAAAUCACAUGUAACAAUCUUAAUAAUUAACUCAUGUACUAUACACAUGUACUAUUGUCAAGCUGGAUAUUAUCCACUAGGGGUGCUAUUAACACUUAAAUAGCAAAGACAAUUGUUAUGGUCUCUUGGAAUUGUUAUUUUGUAUCCGGAUUUGCUAUUUUGUUUCGCACUUCCUGGCCACCCUACGUUACCCAUUGUUUAGCUACCUAACUUUAAGUUCAGCUUAAUCUAACCACAUUUUACUAGGGUGUAUCACUAAUAUAAUUGCACGUUGCAUGUCAACUAGUCCUGGAUUCUCCAACAUAUCACAGUGUAUAUCCUUUCAAACCAUGGCUCUCUUUUUGAAAUCACAGAUGUCUACUGCUCAGGCACCUCUCACAUUUGCGCUCACCUGCAGUAAGGCAGUUGGACUUGAUGAUGAAAACAUAAACCCAAUAGAAAUCA